UCCUACGUCUCCGGCUUUACAGAAUACCAUUUCUCUUUUUUCCUCUGUCCUCCGCCUCCUCCUUCUCCACCUCCUCCUCCCCCAGCCCAUGGCCGUCGUCCGUGAACGCCGCCAGCUCAACCUCCGCCUCCCUAUUCCUGAAUCCUCCGAGCGCCGUCCUCGCUUCCCCUUGCCACUUCCUCCCAGUGUCACCACUUCUACCAACAACACCACGACAGCUGCCUCCGCUAUGAUUUCUUGUAACGAUCUCGAAAAGCUCCAAGUUUUAGGCCAUGGAAAUGGUGGUACAGUCUAUAAAGUACGUCAUAAGAGGACUUCCCAAGUUUAUGCCCUUAAAGUUGUCCAUGGCGACACCGAUGACUCCCUCGUCCGCCGCCAAGUCAUCCGAGAAAUGGAAAUCCUACGCCGAACAGAUUCUCCUUAUAUCGUUCACUGCCAUGGAAUCUAUGAGAAACCCUCUGGUGAUAUAGGGAUUUUAAUGGAGUAUAUGGAUUUAGGCACUCUUGAUACGCUUCUGCAAAAGCAAGGUACUUUCUCAGAGGCUAAACUUGCUCAUGUGGCUCGUCAGGUUCUUAAUGGGCUAAACUACUUACACAGCCAUAAAAUCAUCCAUCGGGACAUUAAACCUUCAAAUUUAUUGGUGAAAAAUGGGAUGGAAGUGAAGAUUGCUGAUUUUGGUGUAAGCAAAAUCAUGCACAGAACUCUAGAUGCUUGUAAUUCCUAUGUGGGUACUUGUGCUUAUAUGAGCCCUGAACGCUUCGACCCUGAUACUUACGGAGGAAACUACAAUGGAUAUGCUGCUGACAUUUGGAGCUUGGGUCUUACCUUGUUGGAGCUCUAUUUGGGUCAUUUCCCAUAUUUGAAACCAGGUCAGAGACCUGAUUGGGCCACUCUGAUGUGCGCUAUCUGCUUCGGUGACCCACCAAACUUGCCGGAGGAUGCGUCGGAGGAGUUUCGGAGCUUUCUAGAGUGUUGCUUGCAGAAAGAAUCUAGCAAGAGGAGGACGGCAGCACAGUUACUGUCACACCCAUUUGUUUGUAAAGAUCCGAGAUCCGACAAGUGAACUGGUCAUCCAAGUGAAUUGGCAAUUGAGUUUUGUAUAGAAACGGCCGGAUUCGGAUUCGGAUUCGGUUUCAGAUUCACAUUCGGAUUUUUCAUUUUCAUUAAUUAAUUUUCUUCUUUUGUA